AUGGGAGCUGACGGGACUCUAUUCGCGGACGUGACCAGCCUGGCCAGACGCUGGGAGCUCAGCCCGGAACGUCACUUCCGACUGGACUUGAAAUUCCGCUUGGGAGAAGAGGCUUCACCCAAUUCCCUUCCCAUCCCCGCCCUGGGGGCCGGAGAACUGACGUUGGAGGUGGAGACGGAGACGGAGGGAAAGGCAGGGAGCCGGGGGUGUCGGGAACGCCGGGAACGCCGGGAGGCCGAGGCGAGCGGCGAGGACUGUCAGAGGAGACAGCGCACCUGCUGUCGGAAAUCGCUCCAGGUCUCGUUCAAGGAGAUCGGGUGGACGGAUUGGAUUCGAGCUCCCGAGAGCUACAACAUGUACAACUGCGGGGGCUCCUGCCCCGACAAGUACAAGGCGGCCAACAUGCACGCCAUGAUCAAGUCCUCGCUCCACAGGCUGUCGGGGGGCUCGAGCCCCGGCCUGUGCUGUACCCCCGCGUCUUACGAGCCGAUGACUCUCCUCCACUACAGCAGCGAGGGCAGGCUGACACUCACUGCCUUCGAAGGCAUGAUCGUCACUCAGUGCCACUGCUCCUGA